GAUAACCCGAAAUCGAAGAUAACCUUCAUUUUCUCAGUUCUGUCUUAAAUAUCUUUGAAGAAUUCUAAGGAAGAUGGUAGUGAGCUAUAAAGUGGACUUACCCACUGAAGAAGAACUGACGGUGCCAGAAGUUAAUUUAAGCUCUGCGGUACUUCGUGCGGCUGCGUUCCACCUUGGGAAAUACUGCGAAAAUGUUAACAAUGAGUUCAUGCUCUGCAGGAGCGAAUACCCGCAGGAUCCCAGGCAGUGUAUUCAGGAAGGCAAAGAGGUCACCGCCUGCUCCCUGGGCUUCUUCCAGAAAAUGAAACAAGCCUGUAGGCAAGAGUUCGAGAUCUAUACGGAGUGUAUUGACAAGUCUAGCACCAGCUUUGACUUUGCACCAUGCCGCAAAACCCAAGGUGUCUACGAUAAAUGCAUGCUGGACAAAUUGAACAUCGAGAGGCCGCACUUCGGUUAUUUCUGCGAGGCCAGAAUUCACGAUUCUUCACGUCCCAAACCUCAGAAAGAAGUCCAAGUUCUCGACGACCCUAUACCGUCACUGCCACCAGAUUACAAAAAAACAGAGAGCAAGUACCAAGGAAGACACAUUUACUCCUGAAUCAAUCUGAUUCUGAUAGAUAUAUGUUACAUAGAUACAGAUAUGCUUUCAUUAUUGAAAUCAGUACAUGUUUAAUUAAUAAAUAAUUGUUGAACUCUUUUA